AGCCGCUGCAGCCCAGGGGGGGCCUCGCGCGGCGCCCACUGGAGCCCCGCGAGGCUCCCCCCGGCCUGGCGGGGCGAGGCUGGCUGCGCGCCGUCGUGGCGCAGGGCGCUCGAGCCAACGGCCACAUGGCGGGGCCAGGCGUCGUCACCGUGCAGGGCGCGCUCACGCAGCUCUGCAGGCAGACCGAAGGCUUGCGAUCCAUUACGGUGACGGACCGUGAUGGCGUCGUGGUCCUACGUGCUCCAGAGUCUGUCAUCGACGAUCAGAAUUCUGAGCAGAUCUUGACCACGAUCUUCUCGCUUACGACUGAGCAGACCUCCAAGAUACAAGAGCUCGGGCAGGCGAAUUUCAUCAUGACAAUGUACGACAGCUGCAUGUGCCUACAGGCCAACCACUUGCCGCUGGUCAUCCGCAUGAUCGCCUCCACGAACGCGAAUGCGGGCGCCCUCAUUGACAUGCUUCCUCACGUGAAGUCUUUGCUGGAGUCGACGAAGGAGGCCAUCGCACAGGAAAUCGACUCCUAUUGAGCCCUUGGCCUCCUGCUGCUCUCGCCCCUCGUCUACCGAUGCCUGGAAGCCAUCGCAUCCCCACUACAUUUCCUCCUUCCCAUCCCGAGCCGUCCCCUCUCCUUGGCGCAACUGUCUGCCCCGGGCGCGCGCGCGGGGCCUGGCGCCGGUACCGGGGCAUCGCCACACCCGCUCGGUCUCCUCUUCGUCCUCCUCUUCCCUGCCCAGAGCGUAGAGUCGAAAAAA